AUGGUAAAUCCGGAUUACACUCAAAUGGAAGAAGGUACAGCGUCAAUAGAACAUCUUGAGUCUAUACAGAUUUAUACAUCAUCUUCAAAUUCAAAUGAUAAUACAUCAUUGUUAUCAAUUCAAACAACGUCCAUUGAAGCUACCAUUAUUCCUUCAUCACCAAUACCAACUCAAAACAGAACUAGAAUCAACAACCAAUAG